GUAUGGCACAAGUAAAGAACGAAAGUCUGUGCGUAAAUGAUGUAAAAUGUAGUUAAAUACUAAAUCAAUUUGCGGUCCGCGGUGAUGGACACAGUAUGCCCUGCGCUCACGGACUUGAAUUUAAACCCUGACCUUUCUCAAGACGGAGAUUCGGUCUCCGAUCUGGACGACCAAACCAAAGUAGAGGACUAUGGAGGGUUUGCUGAUCUGUCCGAGCUGCCGAUAGAAGUUAGCGACAAACGACCCACAUGUAUGCGAUGUUGCCGGCCUGUUAAGGUGUGUCUCUGUCCAUUCCUACCAGCUCGGCCACUACAAGUGUCCACCUCUCUCUAUAUUGUCCAGCAUCCAGCAGAGGAAAGUCGAGUGCUACGGACUGUUCCUCUACUUGCAGCCUGCCUGCCUCCAGGAAAAUGUAAAGUCUUAGUUGGGAGAAGAUUCAGUGAGGAGCGAUACCCUGAACUGGCCACAGUGUGUAAGGAUCAGCGGACUCUGAUCUUAUACCCUGGCUCAGGUGCUCAGAACCUGGAAGAACUGGACCAGAACUUCAGUGAAUCAGAGCACAAUGUCAUCAUCAUCGAUGGCACCUGGAGUCAAGCCAAAGACAUGUUUCUCAGAAACAGCCUCUUCCGCCUGCCAAAACAAGUGCAGCUCCAAAGUGCCCCCUCCAGUCAGUAUGUGAUACGCACUCAGCCCACCAACAUGUGCCUGUCAACGCUGGAAUGUGCUGCUGUCACCUUGUCCAUCAUGGAGAAAGAUCACAACAUACAGGAGGUUCUCCUGAGGCCUCUCCAGGCACUGUGCUCUUUCCAGCUCCAGCACGGUGCUCAGAUCCACCACAGUAAAGAGCACCUUCUACGGACUGGUGCGUAUGACAGACCCAUGCCCAAAAAUAAACGCAAGAUCAAGAGGAUGCAGAGACUUCUCACCAACCAGAACAUAUGAAGGAAGCCCACAGAACUGAUGUCAAAACACACCACAAGACAGAAGUUAGAGGGGACCUUUUGGGGGAAAAGGGACUUUUGUGAAAUUGCCUCACUGUACAUGUGUAUCUAGCUUUUAUAGCCUCUGAGACAGAUGUUCUGUAUCUGAGUCAGGGUUGUAAGGUGGUAACAAAUUUUUGUGUAUUAAAGCUGCACAGUCACCUGUAGCCAUCUCACAGUGUGUUUUAAUUUUGGACGGUUCGUCGCCCCAAGGUUGGUGAGGGCUGAUGAUGUCCAAAGAUGUGACCCAGUGUUGUUUGUUAAAUGCACAUGAUGUUAAUCCAGUCUUCCUCUGGGGAUGGUCAGUACUAUAUCAAAUCAGAAAGCAAAUGAGGAAAAAAUAGUCCCAAUACCUGUAUGUCAAAUUUUCUUUUGUGACUCAAAUUUGAUCUUUUUUUCUUUUGGCUGAAUACUGAAUCUGAUCACCUCCAUUUUGGGAAUUCAGCAGAGUAA